CUGGAAUCUUGACUAAAGUAAUCCAUUUCCUCUCAGUUCGAAUACCCGACGGGCGACUAACCUCCACCAACAUAAACUAACCAAACUUCUUGACAAGUUCAAUAACAGACCAAAAUUCCUCUACUAGCUUUAAUUCUAGUAUAGAGCAGUGAAUCAAUUUCUCGACUAAAGCGAUCGAUUCACCACUUACAAUUUUAGGUUUCUCUAUUAACCUAUGAAGAGACUGUCGUUCUAGGUUAAAGAAUGAAUUACCAAAGUUUGAUAUGACUCAUGCAAUUCUUAUUAAUGCUUCAACUGAAUAUAUCGAAUCAAUCAUUCACAAACGGGGUUCAUAUAACCAUUCCUAACAUACAAAACUAGGUUUCUUCAUACCCCGAUGAAAAGGGAGUUUACUCCAUGGAAAGAAAGGAAAAUACCAAGCUUGGAAGAGAAAUCAUCAUGUGAGGAAUGAAAAUCUUCUUGAAACUAGAAAUCUGCACUUCAGGGGUGAAAGAUCGAGCUCCCAUGUCCUUAGAUUGCUCCAAUCCACUCCCAAGGUUAUUCUUCGUCACUUUCUCACUCUAGGGUUCUCUUUCUUCUCUUUAAAACUCAAAAAUCCGGAUCCUUUGCAAUCAGCAUGAGUUGGCCUUUUAAAGGCUGGAGAUCCGCGAGUUACGUCCAAAGUUAUCACUGUAACUCUCUUGCCCAGCCCGUAACUUACCGUAAAACGGCGGCACUUCAAGCAUUCCGUAAACCAAGAGUUACGACUCCAAAGGGUAAGUUACGGUUGAGACCGUAACAUUGAGAAAGAGGUUGUAACUUUAAAAACGCUCUUGGAACUUUUAGCUUUGCUUGCUCAAAGUUACCGGCAUGGAAAAUAAGUUACCAUCAAGACCGUAACUUCAAGGAUCUGAUCGUGAUUCGGGCCCAAAUGUACACAUUUUACCCCUCAUUUCUUACUCGUUUAGCUUAGUAUUUCAUCGUUCCUGGACAUAUUUCACGCUAGGUUGUGCUUGUUUUGAUACAUUUUACGUCCUAGCACGUGUGGAAGGGUCGAGGACGAGUUUUGGGAUAUUUUUAAGUAAAAAAGAACAAAAACCGAAGAAAAGUACCAUGACAAUUGCCCUGUAGUAGUGAAUUGAAGGCGUCUAAGAAACAGCCGCAGUUCACGGCCAGACGAGGCGUCCAUCGAAGUUCCUGAAGUUACUGACGACAAUGCAGUUCACGGUCUCUAAGACCGUGAACUGUGGCCAUUGACCGUGAACCCAGGACAGUGAAGCGAUGCAUUUUGGACAACGCUGAGUUCACAGAUGCAUUUAGGUGUUCACGGCCGUGAACUGGCCAAUGCAUCCGUGAACUGAUCACUUUCGGGCAAAUAUGAAGAUAGCAGCGGGGAUAGAGAAAGUGGAGCUGGUUUUUGGAGAGGAAACACUUACUUUCUCCAGGGUUUCAACCUAAAAUACCAAAGGGGAGUUCUAGAGAGAGAGAGAGUGUGCUAGAGUAAUCUUGGAGCAUCAUUGGAGGCUUGGGUGGAGAUUCAAGCCUAGAAGAAGAAGAUCUUGAGCUCAAAUUUGUAAUCCCUCUCUCUCUCUCUCUCUCUCUCUAGAAACUCACUCCUUUCUCUUGGGUGUUGUGAUCCCUAACUAAUACUUUGUAAUUACUUUUUUAGAUUGAAUGAUUAAGUGUGGGUUUGCAUCAAUUUGAGUAUUAGUGGUGUAUUCAUGGUGAUUGUGCAUGCUCGUGCUUAGCAAUUUAAGGGUUGUGCAUAAUUGUGCUUAGCACCCUUAGGUCUGUGCAUGUUGGUGCUAGCAAUAUAAUUAGCCACCUUAGCCUAGAUUAGAGAGGAAAACCCCCCUUCCAAGGGAGACUCAAUCGAGUUAGGUUUCCUUCUGCUUUCUAAGCCACCUAAACUAGGUUAAGUUAGGGAAACCCUCAAUAUUGAGUUAAGCAAGUCGGUUAAUCGUGAUUAAGCCGUCUGACCUUAGAGUUGAGUGAGGGAGUAAGUCAACUACCGAUUGUCUAAACCGAGAGGGUCGAGUGACACGGCCUUUCAUACUUACCUCGGUUUAGCAAUUGAGAUUGUGGUCUUCAACCACAUAUGCAUCCCUCUGCGGUUUGCGGUUACCAGUUUGCAUCUAGGUUGGCUGUAAUUAAGCCGCUCAAACUCCGGUUUGAGGGAGAGACCUAGGGAACCACUAGAGCCUAUGUGAGAGGAUCGAUCAUGUGACAAAUCGAUCCCUAGCGAAUCCAUCCCGUGACAAAUGGAUUGCUAGUUGCUCCUCCUAUCGGUUCCCCUAUACUUGGUGAAUGGAUCUAUCUUGUGACAAAUCGAUCGCUAGUGAAUUGAUGACGUGACAUAUUAAUCACUAGUUGCUCACCCCCGAGGUUCACAACCACCUACGCGUCACGAAUUCAUUCAAUCCAACAAGUCAUGGUAUCUAGUUAGGGGGAAGUAAUUCCUGGGUGAAGCUCCCUUAGUUAGAAUUUUCCUUUAUUUUCCUUUCUUUGCUUGGUUAGUUUGUAGUUCCAAUAAACCUAAACCCUAAAGUUGCUUGCUAGAUAACAACUUAAGCGAUUAAAGUAGGGGUACAUGGACCGGCCUGGGUUGACAAUUUAAAUACUUGCUCUAUACUGCACCCAGCUAGAGUUUAAAAACUUGGACUCUAGUCGGGAUUAAUUUGUGGUGUAGUUUCGUGCGAGUCAAGUUUUUUGCGCCAUUGCCGGGGAACCACGAUCCAUUAUUUUGAAAAGGUCGCUUAGUGUUAAUCUAGCAUUUUCUAUAUUUCCUUUUUGUUUAUGUUUUGUGUUUCGUGUUGUGUUUUGUUUACCCACUCUUCGUCUUGAAGGGUGGUUUGUGUUUGUUUGAUUUUUUUUGUAUUUUUGUUUGUGUAGGUUAUGAAUCAUGGAUCCCAAUGGAUUCUACAAUAGGUGGGGGUAUCCACAACCACCCGAAUGGGGGUACCCCGAAACUUCAUGGAGUGAACAAGAAGGGAGAAGCCCAGGAUCUAGGUUCUGUUACCAACCCCCCUUCCACGAAGAACAAGCAUACCAUUGGGGAUUUCAAGAAGCUCCCCCAUAUAUGGAAAACUUCCCUCCUUAACUCGAGGAGAAAUCCAAGUUGGAGUUGGCAAUGGAAGCUUUCAUGGGAAAAUCAUCAUGACCAUGUGCCACUCCACAACCGGAGCCAAAGAGCAAAUUAGAGCUCAUGGUAGAGCAAUUUUCCCUUGGUACCGAUGAAGGAUGCUCCAAUUCGGAUCUUUCCAUCGCCGGCCCUAUCGACUCAACCUUUCUUCAGGAGGCAGAGGAGCUUCGUCGCCGCACAGAGAGGCUAGGAGGGCUUGUAGAGCAAGCAAGUGCACAACUUGCUCACAAUCGCCUCCUACCAUUGGAAGAAAGAGAGGAAGUCGAAGAGGUGAGCCAUGAUAAUUUUGGAAGAACGAGAUCCGACAUGGAUUUCCAACCCCUCCCGCCUCCCGGUUUGACACUAGAAGAGAAAGUGGCACAAGCUUGUGAAAGUUAUCGCCUCUCAUUAUUGGAGGAGAAAGAGGAGGUUGAAGGGGCUCUCAAUGACAACCGUGUGGAGCAAGAAGAACUGACCCCCUGAGAGCUCCCCUGGUGAGGAUGAACGAAAAGGUUGCAUUGACGAUUCUCAUCAUCUUCCACUUCCUAAGAGAAACCUUGAAGACCAAGACACGAGUGUGGAGGAGCAAGAGAAUCCCUUCCAUGAGCUUGCAUGGCAUCUUGCCCUCCAAAGUGUGCUUGAAGACAUGAAUGGGAAGGAGGAAUAAGUGGUGGAAGAGGAGGAAGAAAGCAUUGAAGAGGGGGAAGAUCUCGAGUGUUCCCAAGGGGAGGAAAUUGAAGAAGAAGGAAGGGAGGUUGAAGAAGAAGUAGAAAGGAGCAAGUGAGGUCCAAGAUGAAGACUAGGUCGUGGUGGAUGAAGCUUCAAUGAGUUACAAGUGCAAACAAAGCUUUCCACCCGACCUCGAUGCGCUUUUGGAGAAGGACCUAUUUGUGGCUAUUUUCCAAGCCAAGGACAAACCAUCGGCAAUCCCUCUUGGUGGAUGCGAUGGAAACCAAUCAAGUUUGCACUACAUU